AAAUGUUGCGUUGUGCGAUUGCGCCAUAAACAUCACUGCCCGUAUUUACUUGGAGCACACGCUUUGCAGGUUAGGUCUCAGGAGCGUGGCCAUGGUGUGCUCGUACAAAUUGACUUCAUAUAUUCCAAACAAUCAGGCAGCUGCGAAGAGUGUCAAUCAGCAUGUCGGUUUGAUGUGGGAUUCGGAGGAUCUGACCCAUCAGACUCCCAAUGGUGCACACUUCCUACUUGCGCCGUCGCGUUGAGUACGCCAUCAAAGCGUGGCAACCUUGGUUGAAACUUGACCUAGUGGAGUUAGAGGCACUACAACGCAGAGCAAAAAAGAAUGUAAAGGACCCACGUAAUCACUUUUACCAUUCUUCUACUCCACUUACCAGUUCAGUAUGAGCGACUUGCGCAAAGCUACCACGGCAUCAAAGCAAACAGCAGGAUGUUUGUUUACCAAUUUUGAGGAUGUUCGCUUGACUGAUGAGGAGCGAGUUUAUCUCAACGCCGCAGCUACCGGAGAUAUAGGAAUUAUUCGAAUGUCAUUGGAGGAUUCGAAUGAAAAUGAUGAAUUCAAUGUCAACUGUGUAGAUUACAUGGGACGAAAUGCUUUACAUCUGGCUGUAGACUCAGAAAACACUGAAGCCAUUGAAUUAUUACUGGAUAAGCUAAAUUUUGAGUGCAUCGAGGAAGCACUGUUGCAUGCCAUAAGCAAAGGUCAUCCAAAAUUGGUUCGUCUAAUCAUUGAGCAUCCAAAUUACCAGGCCGGUGAAGACCAAAUAAAGCGAAUGGAUUCCAAAAACGCCUUUUUCCGAACCACAGAAAAGAGUCAGUUUUCCCCUGAUAUCACGCCGUUGAUCUUAUCAGCGCAUUACAACAAUCACGAAAUGGUACAGAUGUUUCUUUCCCGUAAUCACACGAUUGACAAGCCUCAUCCCAUUUCCUGUCAGUGCAACGACUGUCAAGUUAGGCAAGACUAUGACUCGCUGAAACGCUCACGUUCUAGACUGAAUGCAUAUCGUGCAUUAGCCAGUCCAUCAUAUAUGGCGUUGAGCAGUCCUGAUCCUAUCAUGACUACUUUUGAGUUGCGUCAGGAAAUGAUGAAGUUGGCGGAAAUUGAAAAGGAAUUCAAAAAAGAAUAUCUCAUGUUAGUGGAACAAUGUAUGAACUUCGCUUGUGAGAUGAUGGAUCUUUGCCGAGGGACCCAGGAGGUGGAGGCAGUAAUAUCUGAUUUUUUGGAAGACGGCACCAACAUUCGUGACCCACUGGGCCGCCUCCGAUUAGCCAUACGGUUUGAAGAGAAAAAAUUUGUGGCUCACCCAAAUUGCCAGCAGUAUUUGACCAGCAUCUGGUACGGUUCGGAAACGGCGUUUCUGCAAUCUUGGUCCCUGAUAAGGAAGAUCGGAUUAUCAAUUUUUGCUACCCCCCUUCUUCCCCUGUUUUGUAUAAUGUACAUUAUUCUCCCCACAUCCAACUUGGCUCGCGCAAUGCGGUGUCCUGCUGCCAAAUUUGCCACCCACGUGAUUUCACACUUUUUGUUUCUGAUUUUGCUGGCCGCUGCAACUUUUCGAUUAGAAGAGAACUACGACGAAAUGUUGGAUGAGCAAAUGAUCGGUUCCAGUGACGAGGCUACAAUACGACAAUGGGUGGCGAAGAAUUUUCGACCAUCUAAGGCGAUCAUCACUCAUGUACAGAUUUGCAUCGUGCUUUGGGUUGCUGGUCUACUCCUGGCCGAUGUAAAACAUAUUUAUUUCGCCGGUUUCAGGUCAUACAUUUUUAAUUCUUACAAUAUCCUCAACUUCUGCAUUUUAUCUAUGUACAUCGGCUCCUACACCCUGAGAAUAAUUGUGGAUCGUUGGGUUAGAGAAUCGGAUUUAUUUUUCAACGCCACUUCUCAAAUUGAUCACUUGCUCAAGAACAACAACAGUUUAUUGGUUCAUUACAUGGUACAAAACUGGACGCAGUCGGUGCAUUAUGAUAAAAGUUACUUCAUAACUGCAUCUCGCUUUCGAUGGAGAUAUGACGAUCCGGAAAUUGUAUCCGACGUACUAUUUGCCGUUGCUAAUGUGGUCAGCUUUGCCAGAACCACUUACCUGAUGCCAGCUUUUGAAGCUUUGGGGCCUUUACAAAUCUCCUUCACUCGCAUGCUCACCGAUAUUACGCGCUUCAUGGUUCUUUAUCUUUUAGUGCUUUUGGCUUUCAUGGUUGGAUUGCAUAAUCUUUAUUGGUAUUAUGGUCUGCAAACCUUCAAAGUGUUCGACCCAGAGACAAACACGACACGAUUACAAGCAGCUACUGAGCUGUUUGAAGGGCUUCGACAAACACUGUACAGUUUAUUUUGGUCAAUGUUCAGUCAAAUUAGUAUCGGCAAUCUACCCAUCAAGAAGCCCGAGGGUUUAGAACAGAGACUGAAUGACAGCGAUGAUCGGUCCUCUGCUACCACAAUUGUUGAUGGCGUUGGAAUGGUCCUAUUCGCAGUCUAUCACGGCAUCAUUAUAAUCGUCCUCGUCAACAUGCUCAUUGCCAUGAUGAGUCACUCGUUCGAAAGUAUUCAGGAAGACUGCGAUGUGGAGUGGAAAUUUGCACGAACACAGUUAUGGCUCAAUUACAUCGACAACGGAAGUACACUGCCUGUCCCUUUCAACAUAUUACCUACACCCCACAGUGUGGCCAAUGCAGUUCGAUUUAUCCGAAACUUCUUUAAUGAUGACAGCAAGUUUUUUUACGGAAACACAAGGAGCACAGCCUUUGUUAAAGUGCGUCGCGACAAAGUAAUGAAAGAGAAAGAUUUGAAUAUUCAAGAAACAUCUCAUUCGGAUAUAAUGCAACGAUUGGUUCGAAGGUAUCUAUUUAAAAUGGAAAGAGAAAAUGACACAGAUGUUGAAAAGCCUAAGGAACCUCUUUGCUUGCGUACAGAGGAUGCGCUGAGAGCAAACGCAGAAUAUCUUUUCCCACAGUAUUCGGAAUCACAGCAAGCAGUACAAUAUGCUGACUCCGAUGAAACGCACCCACCUCCGUCUGCGGCCAAAGGUUUCCUGUCCACAGACCACGGUCAAAGCCAAAACUUUUCACCCACUCCACCCGGUGGAAUCACUUUCUCCUCAGGACAACCGUCGGCAAAACGCACUAAGAGGCUCACGUACAGUACAAGCAGACGAUGCUCAUCAUUUGGAGGAAACGUUGGCAUGAAUCCAACCCUUUUGGGCACAAUGCCAAUUCUUAACUUGCAACUUCCACAGCUCGAUAGCAUUCAAAGGACACAGAAAAUACUAGAUAUGCGACUGCAGAAUCUUCAGGCUCAAUCUGAUUUACUGAACUGUGCCUCUGGCAAUGCGAAAAUAAAGGAAGAAAUAAUGCACGUUCGGCAGUUGAUUGGAGAAAACCAGAAAGCUCUGUCUAGUAUUGUUCGGGCGGUUUCACAAAUACAGCAACAGCUCUCUAUGCUCAAUGGCAACAUGGAACAAUGGAUAUUAGCCCAGGCUAGCGGGCGCGAGAUUCGCACGGUGUAUGUGGAGGAAUCUAACGCAUCAUCUCGAUCGAGACGUAAAGAACGCCGUGAAAGAGAACGCGAUCGAGAAAGAGAGUGGGAAUCAAUGAUUCGAGAAACGUAGCAAUUCCAGUUACGAUACAAGAAAGCUACCGAGUUGGGGUUGUAACUUCUCGAGUGAUCUUUAACGGUAAUAUUGUGCGGCAUCCUGUUCCCAAGCAUGAAACAUCAGACUGACUACAAAUGCUCUCAGGUGAUACACAAACGCAGUUCACCUACCCGCGCAUUUCGUGUCCUUUUGUUCAUAGAUGGAAUUCCUUUUCAAAAUGGAAACUGCUUGCUGAACUGUUAAGGGCAUGCGCACAGUUACAUCGACUAACUACUCAAAUCUCACUCACAAACAAACAGUGGUUACUUAUGGCUUCCGUUUUUAGUAUUUGUAUUUUACGGAGAUUUGCAACGCACAAAACGCACUCGUUUUAAUAAACCAAUCGAAUUCAG